AUGGAUUCUAAAAACCUGCCGUCAACAUUUUACUUCAGGUCCGAAUUGAGAAUGCAUCCUCCAGAGACUCCGUUGCAUGUCACACAAGAAGCUGUUAGGAUGUUAGAGGCUUACCUGAACAUAAGCUCUCUUAGAAGGCAAAAAAAUACUGAAUCUGACAGAGGAUCAAAUGUUUACCAUGAUGACAUAAGCGUACUGCCCCAUAAAGAUUACAUAAAACAUAAUGAACUGUUAGGGGCUGAUCAAUCACCAAUUUGCGCAUGUGCUAACUAUGUUAACCAAAUACUGAAUAUGUCUCUUGAUAACAGAGAACGUUUAAAGAAGUUAGAAAAGAUUUCUCCACAUUUCGGUAAUACGACAACACAUCUUAAAGAUACUUGUUCAUUUAACUGUGAAAUUAUUCCUAAUAAAAUUCCUCUUCAGUCAAUGAAUGGAUCAUUUGCACAGAAAACAAAAAUAAAUGGAUUUUUUCCUCGUUUUGACAAUGUUGAUGGUCUUAGUGCUAAAUCUCGACAGUCUGAUUCACUAUAUAAUUCAGUUAGCAUAGAACCAGUCAGUCCACCAGUGUUUGAAAUACCAAUUCAAAUACCUGAUAUAAAAACUGGCAGUUCAUUGUCCAAGAGGUUUGUAAUGAAAGACGAUUCUGUAUCUUCAUCGAUCAUGCGCUAUCAUAGUGUAUGCAGUGGAAGUGCAGAAAAAACUGACACCAUACCUGAAAUAGAGGAAUGGUCAGCAAUCGAAGUUAACUCUCAUCAUAAAGAAUAUACUCGACGUUCCAGUGUUAAGUCAGCCCCUGAAGACGUACAACACUGUUUGCGCAUAAUACCUAAACGAAGUGCUACCAAAAAAUGGUUUAAAUUCCGGCUUCUCAAAAGCGGUUUUAACUUAAAGUCUCACAUUGGAAAUAAAUUAUCUACAGCUAAAGAGGAAAUAUUCGAAUUAAACAGUGUAUUUAUGGGAACUAGUUCUCACGAAAAAGCAUCAACUCUAGAAAAAGAAUAUAAUGGCUGUGCUGAAGUCAAUGGUACCCUCUUUCCUCCAAUACCCAACAGAAAAUUGAGUACAAACAUCAUAAACAAACCAAAUGAAAGGCUUCAUCAUCCAACACUUACCAAUGUAUGUGCUCAGUUAUUCCCCCGAUUAUUUCGUCAGAAUGAAUCUUCGUCUAAUUAUUUAUCAAGUGGUUUUUUCCCUAGAAUACAAAGGCUAUCCACAAACACUAUUCGUCGAGUAAAGCGAAAAAAACGCACUGUUAGGAAAUUGGAUAAAAUUUCUACUCAAGCUUCUGUAGAAGAACAAGAAGAAGAGUUUCGCUUAUUACCAUUAUAUACCAAACGGCGUUCAUCAAAAUUCUCUCAUCAUGGGAAUGUUGGGUUAAUUAAAAAUAAAAGGAACUUAUUAGUUAAAGAAGUAGAGUAUAACUUAUUGAACAGAUCAAAUCACUCAUCGGAUAAAGAAUUUUUAGAAAAUGACUCGUUUAAUACCCCAAUAAUGAAUUCCAAAACAUGGCCAAUCGGUUCACCUAGCUCAAAGGUAUCUGGCGAAAUUGCUUGUCUUUAUCGUGGAUUGAUCGAAACAAUAGGAAGCGAUAAAUUGAUUGAAUCUACUUCACAAACAUGGAGUCAUUUCACUCACAGAAAACCUCAGUCUUCAGAUAAAACUAAUGUACCUUCUUUCAAUUUGAAUUCAGUUAUGGUUCAAUGCGAUAAAUCGAAUAAAUCUACAUUUGACUUUACAAUCAAUGAUUUAUCUACAAUGCAGCAUUGCACUAUUGAUCAUACAAAAGUUACGGAUGAAAUAGUGUCAGGUAGGGAAGCGACUGAUGAAGCAUUAAAAAUACUGCCAUCAGUUCUAAACCGAAUCAAGCAAAUAAAUCUUCAACAAAAAGUGAACUAUUUUUCAAUAAAGUAA